AUGCUUCCUACUCCCUCUACAUCCCAUGUCUCAUUUGACACAGUCUAUGAACCUGCAGAAGACUCGUUCCUACUGCUUGACACAUUAUCAUCCGCAUCAGAAGCUGCCUGGCUCACAGACCGGUUCCAAACAUCAGAAUCCUCAUCGUCUCCAUUGGUGGUGGAAGUAGGCAGUGGCUCCGGCGUAGUGAUUGCCUUUACAGCUGCAAAUUCCAAGCAUAUUUUUGGUAGAGAGGAUAUUCUCUCAUUGGCGGUAGAUGUCAAUCGAGAGGCAUGUCAAGCAACUGAACAAACCGUGAAGACUGCCAUCGCCGAGACGGGAAAUGCGAAUAGCACGCACUACCUGAGCUCGUUAACUGGCGACUUAGUCUCACCUUUAAAGCCAGGAUCAGUGGAUGUCUUGCUCUUCAACCCGCCAUACGUCCCCACGCCAGACUUGCCUGUCUUACCACAGCCCGGACAAAACGAGACAAAACCAUUAUCCAGAUCUGAAAAAUUCGAGCAUGAUUCAUACCUCCUCUCACUCUCCUAUGCAGGCGGAGUAGAUGGUAUGGAAACUACGAAUAGAUUCAUUGAAGCCAUCCCCUCGGUUCUCAGUCCCGAGAGGGGUGUUGCGUAUCUGCUGCUUUGUGCGCAGAAUAAGCCGGAGGAAGUCAAGGCGCGUAUUGCGCGGGAUUGGGAUGGAUGGGCGGCUGAGACGGUGGGGAGGAGUGGGAUGCAGGCUGGGUGGGAGAAGUUGGUUAUUUUGAGGAUUUACAGGGCUGAGAUGUGA